AUGCCGUCGGCGACGAAAUCUGCCGCUAGGACGUCCGGCAAGGACAAGCAUGAUGACUUGGACAACUACAACAUUGAGGACCUCUCCGACGACCCGUUUGCGACACCCAGCCCGACGUCCAAGAACAAGCGCAAAAGCAACGAUGCUGGGCUGGGUAUUGACGAAGAGGUGGAUGUGCAAAAAAGACCUAGAGCACCUACUGUGAAGCUCGACGAGGACAGGCUUUUGAGUGAUGCUGGCAUCCCGAAGCUACGAAAACGGGCCCGCGGUCUCAAGCUCAAGGGCAAAGGCCACGAAUUCUCCGAUAUGUCACGGCUUCUUUCAUUCUAUCAGCUCUGGCUCGACGACCUCUACCCCAAAGCGCGCUUCCUCGACGCCUUGGCCAUGGUCGAAAAAGCCGGACACAAGAAGCGCCUCAUGACCGCACGCAACGAGUGGCUCAACGAGGGCAGGCCCCAAUCCGCAGACCAUACCCUCGCCGCUGACGGUGACGACCCUUUUCCUCUGGAAGACGGUCCCGACACCGCCACCGCGGUCAGCCUGCCUGAGCGCCCAUCUGCUGGCCGAUUGAUCCAGGGCCGCACAGCAUCCGGACCCAGCACGCCGCCGCGCGACCAGCACCCGGAUGACUUUUCCGAAGACGACGACUUGUACAAUGUGACGCCACGCGCGGGGCCGCGACCCGGCCUCACGGCGCUGCAGCCAGACGCGCCCGACGACGAUGACCUGGACGCGCUGAUGGCCGAGGCGCAAGACCACGACCGCAGGCCGCCACCGGCGCAGCGAGCACCGGAGAGAGGCGGCGGUGAUGACGAUGAUUUAGAUGAUUUGAUGGCCGAGGCCGAGGCGCAGGAUGCAGGGCCGGUGAAAAGCAUUUUUGGGAACCCGAGUGCGAGCAAGCCGGCGAAGUCGGGUUGGGACGACGACGAGGCGGCGCUGCGAGAGAUGGAGGGGUUCUGA